CUCGUUCCCCCGUCAGUUUGAUCUGACGGGCUAUGAACAGUGGCUGGCGAGCUCUGUCCCGCUUCUAGAUCCGCUCAGACGGACACUGAUAACGCGUUAUCAGCCGAGGGUCGCUCAGUUCAGCAACAGUAGCAGCAGUAUAGCGAUUAUUGCUGGCAAAGUAGAGCGGUGGUCGCGCACAUGUUAGCUCAGAUGAGCGAGUGAAGCGAAGUGCCGAAGACCGGGACGCGACACCUGGGACGUGAAGGCAGAGUGCAGGCCGUAGCUGCUGUGAUGGAGUCGAGUGGAUAAAUCUGACGGAGCUCAUCCCUCAAAGACGACUCGAGGACCGAGAGACGCUCAGGAGUCUACCUCGGCGGUCUCGGGGUGUGGUGAAGCACUCAUACAUGCGAGUCGGCGCCGGUCUGCGCUCACCUGCUCCUGCAGGAGACUCACCUGUGGACUCACCUGUGGACUCACCUGUGGACUCACCUGUGGACUCACCUGUGGACUCACCUGUGGACUCACCUGUGGACUCACCUGUGGACUCACCUGUGGACUCACCUGUGGACUCACCUGUGGACUCACCUGUGGACUCACCUGUGGACUCCGCCGCCCGCAAGCAGCAUGGAAUAUCGCAGGAAGCAGAAGCAGCAGGGCAUCGUUCUCAUGGCCUACAGGCGCAAGAACGACGGCGAGAGCAGCUCCCUUAGCCACAGGGACUCGACGCACAGGAGUGACGCUCACAAUUCCGCCGAGCGUGCCCCCGUCCGCCGGCUCUCCGCUGCUCCUGGUCGCGUGUCGCAGUCCCCCAACGAGGGGGCCCCCUUAUCCGGGAUCCGUCGGACCCCGACCCUCAACCUCCCGUUCCGGGGCCCCCCGAUCUCCCGUUUGGCCACCAACGGCUACUACGCCUCGCCGCACGCGGCCACCACGGACCGCUCCUCCUUCUCCUCCUCUUCAGAGAAAGGCGAUUCCAACGGGGACCCUACCCCGGAUUCCGGAGUCUCGUCCCCGCGAGGAUCUCACGACGCCGACUCCAACGACGACGUCAUCGACCUGUGCGCCGCGUCCCCCGAGCUGGCUCCGAGAUCAUUGAGGGCCCCCGGGGAAGGCCCCGGCCAGCCGGACCGGCCACCCUCCGUUGCGGAGGACGAGGAGAAGGGCGGCUUGGACAGCCAGGAGAACGGGAUGAUGAUGACGACGAUGAUGAAGAUGUCGUCGUUGAGGAUGAUGCGGAGGAACGGAGGAGGAGCCGGCUCUUCGCUGGACCUGAGCGCCAGCGUGGGCAGCGGCAGCGACGGCGGGAGGAGGAGGCCGUCGCCCAGCCUCAGCCUGAGCCAGAGCAGCGAAACGUCGGGCCUCGAUUCGUGGGCCUCACAGGAGUCGCUCGACGACUCGCAGGAGGACCUCUUCCAGCGCGAGGUGAACAAGAUUCGGCGCGGCAGUGAGGAUUUCACGUUGGUGGAGAUCAAGACGCCGGACGAGAACGAGCAGGAGGCCGACUGGCUGAAGGAGACCGGAUUCCUGACCCAGGGGGAGCGGCCGCGGAGGUCGAGCCGCAAGGGCCGCACCGGAGCGGGCGACGGCGGCGGCGACGACGACACUGCCGGGGACGAGCUGGGGCUGGUGGAAUCGGACGAGGACGAGGAGUCGCACCGCGAGGAGCUGAUGUCCACCCUGAGCGUUGCGCAGAGGAUCACCGUGCAGAAGCGCAUGAACAACUUCACGCAGUCGACCCGGGCGCCCGACAAGAAGGGCCCACGUGACGUGCGCGACGUGUUCCUGAGCGCCGUCGAGGCGAUGAGCUCUGAUCCCCAGGAGAGGAACCCCCUCACGAUACCCGAGCUGGCCAUCGUGAGUCCGUCGGGAAUGCUGAGCGCUUUCAAGCCGCGCGCGUCGCACUACAGCGUCAAGGACGCGGAAGAGCGCCAGGCCGGCUCGGAGCGGCCCCCCCCGCCCGAGAGGCGUGAACCCCACAGGGCCCCCGACCUCGGCCUCUUCCGCACGGACAUCGCCUACUCGGAGCAGGGGAAUGCCUCCCAUGACGGCCCCCCCCCAGAACUUACCCCGGGCACCAGGCUGCCCGAGUUCUGUCUGAGCCAGGACUGGCUGGGCGCCACGCGCCCGGACGCGCUCUCCCCACGUGACCUCACGCGCAUGCGGCGCGUGGCGCUCAUCGAGCUCACGGCGCUGUUCGACAGCCUCAGCCUGCAGCUCAAGCGAUGCAGGGCGGCCAAGACCAAGCGCGGAGACCAAGCCGUGUUCGGGGUGUCCCUCGCCGAGCUCCUGGAGCAGGACCGGAGGAGAGAGGAAGGCAUCUGCGUGCCGCGAAUCAUGGAACAGCUGAUCCAGCACCUGGAGAAGCAGGGACUCGACCAGGACGGGAUCCUGCGCGUGUCGGGCAACGCGGCGAGGGUGAAGGCUGCGCGCAAGCAGUUGGACAAUCCGCUGACUCGGGACUCGUUCGCGUGGGGGCAGCUGAGCUCUGCGGAUGCAGCGGCGCUGCUGAAGAUGUUCGUGCGGGAGCUGCCGACCCCACUGCUUACAGUGGAGUACAUGAUCGCCUUCGCCACCGUCACCAAAAUCAACUCGACGAGACAGAGAAUUCAGGCGCUCAACCUGCUCGUGCUGCUGCUGCCCGACGCCAACAGGGACACGCUGGAGGCGCUGCUGCUGCUACUGGGCAAGGUGGUGUCGAGGGAGCAGCAGAACCGCAUGGGGCUGGGCAACGUCGCCAAGAUCAUGGCCCCCAACCUCUUCAUGCCCAAGGGGCUACGCGGCAUGGGCCGGGAGUGGGCGCAGAUGCAGGCGCACGCCGAUACGGCGGACGUGGUGGCCUUCCUCGUCAACUACCGCCACAUCAUCUGGACGGUCCCCGCGUUCCUGCUGCGCCAGGUGAGGGAGCAGAACGAGCUGAGGCAGCGGCAUCGUCAGAAGGAGCACGGGGCCAACGCGGGGGGGCUCAGGUUCCUGAGACGCAUCCAGGGGGGUCGAGAGGGUUCAGCACUACGGACAAAUCCCGCACAGCCGACGGGCGUGAUCACGGUGAGAGGCGACGGGUGGCUUCGCGUGCCCGAGCUGGCCGUGGACCUGGUCCGUGGCACCACGGUGGGCGACGUCCUCGUCUGCUUCGAGCAGCACGUCCUGCGCCAAAGAAGAGAGCUGCACGUCAAGAGCUCGUUCCUCGACGAGUGCUGCCUCUGCGAGACGAAGGGCAACAUCGACGAGCGGGUUUCUGGCCAACGGGGCGCGCAUGAUGGAGCUGUGCGCCGUGAACAGGAACGCGGAAUGGAUCGUCAAGCGCCGACUGAAACGGGUCUCAGCCUAGCGUGGGUCAGAUCGGCCGGGUGGGACUGGAGCCCAAGGGACGUGCGAUUGAACCCAGACCUCUGCUUACACCGAGAAUUGGGGGGCGGGGCAGUGACAUCCAUUGUUACGCUGCGCUUCUAUGCUCCCCGCCACUGCUCCCAUACACCAACCCGAACUGACCAACGUGUUGACAUCUGGUCAGAUAACCCCCACGAGCUGCAAUGCGUGGGGAGGCCGUCAUCCAGCAGUGGCAAAGAGCUGCGUGUGUGCGGCAUAUAGACUCCAAUUCUCGACAGAGCCUUGCGGACAGUUAGCAAGCAGCUAUGAAGGUCGGGAUGACAGUGGCGGAGUGGUGCGACCAACACUGUAGGCCGAGCCUAUCUGGAUGAAGGCCAGCACAGGUCCAGAUCACGUGUUCUCACUGAUGUCGCCAGGAAUCGAACUCAGGUGACCGGGUUCACAGCGCAGUGCGCUGCCCAAAGUGUAUCCACACACCGUGAACAAAGACAAAGACACACAGACACACACACAGGCACACAGACAC